AUGUCAGAAGAUAUUUUACAUCAAAUUCGUAUCACUUCCAGAAAUUACGAUGUUGAGAUGAAUGAGGAGAUACAUAAUCGUGCUUUACUCUUGAUCGAAGAUAUAUGUUACCUCAUGUGCGGUAGUUUAUUAAUCAGGUUAGGAAUGCCAGCGCCCAAUCGUGAAAUGAAUGACGCAUUUAAUCGAGAAUUGGAACGGGAACGAGAAUAUGAUCAACAGGAAUUAGAUUUAGUAGUUCAAACGAAUGUACCCCUGUUGAAUUCCCAACAAAAGGAAGUUUAUGAUACUUUAAUGAAGGCAAUCGAUGAUGGAAAUGGUGGUUUAUAUUUCCUAGAUGCUCCUGGUGGAACAGGCCACUGUUCGUGCGAGAUCCAACAUAGCGGUUGCAGUUGCUUCUUCUGGAAUAGCAGCCACAUUGUUAGAAGGAUGCCGUACGGCUCAUUCAGCAUUAAAAUUACCGUUAAACCUUCAAACUAUUGA